CACCCUUUAAGGGGACAGCAUUCGUCAAUCAGUUCGAAUGACGCAGGAGGGAAUUUUGAAAUCAGAUAUGGAUAGCUCUGUUAUUGAAGAUGAGGAAAACUCCGAUGAAGAAUUCAGUAAAUUUUUAUUUGCUACUAAAGAAAAUCUGUCAAGGUUGACUCUUAACAGCUCUGUUUUUGAAGAUGAGGACAAUUCUGAUGAAGAAUUCAGUAAAUUUUUAGCUGCUACCAAAGAAAAUCUAUCAAGGUUGACACUUAACAGCAAACUGAAUUCAUUUUCAGCAAAAGCACAAAUGAAUGUCUUAGAGAAAACAGAGAUCAACAAGUGCCUCUCUCUCUGCUAAUGAAGAAUCACCAAAAUGCUUGCAGAAUCUGACAAACAGGAAAUGCAAAUCUGCAUCUGACAGUAGAUCUAGAAGCAUACUCGGUGAAGAAAUCGAGUCACUGCCUUUUAUGAAAAACCGAACUGUUUAUGCUCAAAAGUUAUUUGAGUAUUUUAAUGAAAAAGUUUUUGAA